UUUCUUUCCUUCAGCAGCAGUAUGAGUAUCACCCAAAACGCCAAAAAGUACCCUCUAGCCGCCACAACACUCACGUGUCAGGCAAAUUAAAUUAUUCACCCAAAAUAAAUAAAUAAAUAAAAACAAAACCAGCUGUGUGCACUAUGCAUUGAAACCAAACCAUUAUAUAAGCACUCACACACACCGCGUUGUGUCACUAUAAUAACUGAUCAUCAAAUUUUAACGUAGAUUCUCUCAGUUGUUCUUUCAACAACUGCAUUUUUUCCUUCCUUCCAUUUUCUUUCUUCCCUCCUUAAUUUUCCAUCACAAGUCACUAAAAAACAACAAUGUUGUUGUGUUGUUAAUGCAGUUUCUUUCUUCUUCUUAUUUUUUUCUUUCCUUCCAUUUUCCACACACUCAUAAAUGACACAUUACUCCACUUUUUCAGACACCCUUUAACUUGAAUUUUCCUUUUCAACCAUGGCCUGUCUUCUUCAAAACAGAGUCUCUGUUUUGGUCUGUUUUUCAUUCUUUUGCGCCACGGUUUGUGGCCAAACAUCGCCGCCUUUUGCCUGCGAUGUUACCAAGAACGCAUCCUUCGCCGGUUUUGGAUUCUGUGACAAGUCAUUGCCGGUGGCGGACAGGGUUGCUGACCUUGUGAAGAGGCUGACGUUGCAGGAGAAAAUCGGGAACCUGGGGGAUUCUGCGGUGGAUGUGGGUAGGCUUGGGAUUCCGAGGUAUGAGUGGUGGUCUGAGGCACUUCAUGGGGUUUCCAACAUUGGCCCUGGGACUCGUUUUUCCAGUGUGGUUCCUGGUGCUACUAGUUUCCCCAUGCCCAUUCUCACUGCAGCUUCUUUCAAUUCUACCUUGUUUCAAGCCAUUGGAAAGGUGGUUUCAACAGAAGCACGAGCAAUGUACAAUGUGGGGUUGGCUGGUUUGACAUAUUGGUCACCAAACAUUAACAUAUUCAGAGAUCCAAGGUGGGGAAGAGGACAAGAGACACCAGGGGAAGACCCUUUACUAAGUAGCAAAUAUGCAGCAGGAUAUGUGAAAGGUCUGCAACAAACUGAUGAUGGAGACUCCAACAAGCUCAAGGUUGCUGCUUGUUGCAAACACUACACAGCCUAUGAUGUGGAUAACUGGAAAGGUGUUCAGCGUUACACAUUCAAUGCUGUGGUGUCACAGCAAGAUUUGGAUGACACCUUCCAACCACCAUUUAAGAGCUGUGUGAUUGAUGGGAAUGUUGCAAGUGUGAUGUGUUCCUACAACCAGGUUAAUGGAAAACCAACCUGUGCAGACCCUGACCUUCUUAAGGGGGUUAUCCGAGGCCAAUGGAAAUUGAAUGGAUAUAUAGUUUCUGACUGUGACUCGGUUGAAGUGCUUUUCAAAGAUCAGCAUUACACCAAGACUCCUGAAGAAGCUGCAGCCAAAUCCAUUCUAGCAGGGUUGGAUUUGGACUGUGGAAGCUAUCUUGGCAAAUAUACAGAAGGGGCUGUCAAGCAAGGGCUUUUGGAUGAAGCAUCCAUUAACAAUGCUAUCUCCAACAAUUUCGCCACAUUGAUGCGACUUGGUUUCUUUGAUGGUAAUCCAAGCACGCUACCUUAUGGGGGCCUUGGUCCAAAGGAUGUAUGCACAUCAGAGAACCAGGAACUCGCCCGGGAAGCUGCAAGGCAAGGGAUUGUGUUGCUUAAAAAUAGUCCAGGAUCACUGCCUCUAAGUGCCAAAUCCAUUAAAUCAUUGGCAGUAAUAGGCCCCAAUGCAAAUGCUACUAGGGUCAUGAUUGGAAACUAUGAAGGCAUCCCUUGCAAAUAUAUAUCACCUUUGCAAGGCCUAACAGCCUUGGUUCCUACAAGCUAUGUUCCUGGCUGUCCUGAUGUGCAUUGCGCCAGUGCACAGCUAGACGAUGCCACAAAGAUUGCAGCAUCUUCAGAUGCAACUGUGAUUGUAGUGGGUGCAAGUCUAGCUAUAGAGGCAGAAAGUCUCGACAGAGUUAACAUUGUUCUUCCAGGACAGCAGCAACUUCUAGUGAGUGAAGUUGCUAAUGCAUCCAGGGGACCUGUAAUUCUUGUCAUAAUGUCUGGAGGAGGCAUGGAUGUGUCAUUUGCUAAAGCUAAUGAUAAAAUCACAAGUAUCUUGUGGGUUGGCUACCCUGGCGAAGCUGGUGGAGCUGCCAUAGCUGAUGUGAUUUUUGGCUUUUACAAUCCAAGUGGAAGGCUACCCAUGACAUGGUAUCCAGAAUCAUAUGUAGAAAAUGUUCCAAUGACAAACAUGAACAUGAGGGCAGAUCCUUCUACAGGUUACCCGGGUAGAACUUACAGAUUUUAUAAAGGUGAAACUGUUUUCUCAUUUGGUGAUGGAAUAGGCUACUCCAACGUUGAGCACAAAAUAGUUAAAGCACCGCAGUUGGUGUUUGUUCCUCUAGCAGAGGAUCAUGUAUGCCGGUCCUCAGAAUGCAAGUCACUUGAUGUUGCUGAUGAGCAUUGUCAAAACAUGGCAUUUGAUAUUCACCUUAGGGUCAAGAACAUGGGGAAAAUGAGCAGUAGCCAUACUGUGUUAUUGUUCUUUACUCCUCCAGCAGUGCACAAUGCCCCUCAGAAACACUUGUUGGGUAUUGAGAAAGUGCACUUGGCAGGAAAAUCAGAAGCACAAGUUAGGUUCAUGGUAGAUGUUUGUAAGGAUUUGAGUGUGGUUGAUGAACUUGGCAAUAGGAGAGUUCCAUUGGGGCAGCAUCUGCUUCAUGUGGGAAACUUGAAGUAUCCAUUGAGCGUGAGGAUUUGAAACAAGUCUUCAGUUCCUCUGCAUUGAGUUUUAUUCCCCCCCCCCCCUUCCUCAUUGGUUUCCUUAUAGAUUUUUUUUUUGUAGGGAACCAGAAAUAAGUUUGAUGUAACUGUAAGAAAAUUGUCUGAUUGAAACUGUCAUAUUUAAAUCACAAAUGUCAAAUCAAAAUUAAGAUAAAGAUUUUACAAGAACCCCCAUUA